AUGCUAUUGUUCAAACAUAGCAAACAGUUAAUCAGAUCAUGUGUUCAUGUUCCACGCUAUUUUACAUCGUGCCUGCCAAGAUGGGACGACAGUAAGAUUGUAGUAGAGCGCCCUGGACCGGCAUCACCACUAAAAGAAUUGCAAAGAUUGAACAUCAGUAUUCCCAAGGCAAACAAAAUGCCCUCAAGACCAACUAUAUCGGAAUCGGACAUCGAGGAAAAGUUCAUAAAGGGAGGGUCAGGUAAAGGUGGACAGAAGAUCAAUAAGACCAAUUCUAAAGUUCAGUUGACUCACAUACCAACUGGGAUAGUUGUUACAUCACAGGCCACUAGAUCAAGAGAGCAGAACAGGAAAAUUGCAAGGCAAAUUUUAGCUUCUAAGAUUGAAGAUAUGGAGAAGGGUGUGUUGAGUCGUAACCAAAUCGUCAUAGCCAGGAAACAAAUGGUCAAGCAACGCGCUAAAAGAAAGUCCAAGGCGAAAUACGCCAAACUUGCAGAAGAUAAGAAAAAGAAAGAAGGUGAUGUUAAAGUAGAAGAAACCGAAGAAGGCGUAGUGGUUAUCGUCGAAGAUGUUGUAAAUGACAACAAUGGCUGUAAUAGUAAACAAUAA